GUAGUCCGUGAGUCCCUUCCCCCUCCGCCUGGCUGCUGAUGAGAUGAGUGGAAGAUGUCGGUGUCGGGGCUGAAGGCCGAAUUAAAGUUCCUGGAGUCAAUUUUUGACCCAAACCAUGAGCGAUUCAGAAUAAUCGACUGGAAGCCAGAUGAACUGAGCUGCCAGUUCAAUGUGACGGGAGAAAAGCUGCUGAUUAUUCACUGCAACAUCACGGAGUCUUACCCUUCAACCCCACCAAUAUGGUUCGUUGAUUCAGAUGACCCAAGUCUGACUGAAGUCCUUGAACGACUGGAAGAUGUCAGAAAAGGCAAUACUUUGCUCCUACAGCAGCUGAAAAGGCUGAUCUGUGAUUUAUGCCGACUCUAUAACCUGCCCCAGCAUCCUGAUGUGGAGAUGCUGGAUCAGCCACUUCCUGCUGGACCCAUCGGUCAAGACAAGAAGCAUGGAACAACAGAUGAAGUGACAUCAGAAGAAGAGGAGGAAGAGGAAAUGGCAGAGCAGGAUAUUGAAGAUCUAGACCACUAUGACAUGAAAGAGGAGGAACCGGUCGAUGGGAAAAAGUCAGAGGACGAUGGCAUCGAGAAAGAGAAUCUGGCCAUUCUGGAGAAAAUCCGAAAAAACCAGAGGCAGGACCACUUGAACGUAAGUGUGCAUUCGGGUGCGGUGUCCGGUUCAGUUCAGGCCUCUGACCGCCUCAUGAAGGAACUCAGGGAGAUCUAUAGAUCACAGAGUUAUAAGACAGGUAUCUAUUCAGUGGAGUUAGUCAAUGAUAGCCUGUAUGAGUGGCAUGUCAAGUUAAGGACGGUUGACCCAGACAGUCCGUUACACAGCGACUUGCAGGUUUUGAAGGAAAAAGAAGGCAUGGACUACAUUCUGCUCAAUUUCUCUUAUAAAGAUAACUUUCCUUUUGAUCCUCCCUUUGUACGGGUUGUGUCUCCUGUCCUGUCUGGAGGCUAUGUUCUUGGAGGAGGAGCCUUGUGUAUGGAGCUACUUACAAAACAGGGCUGGAGCAGUGCCUACUCAAUAGAGUCAGUCAUCAUGCAAAUCAAUGCCACCUUAGUCAAAGGGAAAGCCCGAGUGCAGUUCGGAGCAAAUAAGAAUCAAUACAACCUUGCCAGAGCACAACAGUCAUAUAAAUCAUUGGUUCAGAUUCAUGAAAAGAAUGGCUGGUACACACCUCCUAAAGAAGAUGGCUAGGAAAAGCAUUGAUCCGCUUGCACACAGCAAACAUGGGAUAUCUGGUCAAACCUUUGCUUUAUUUUACUAAUGUUUUCACAUCUUCAGCUUGAGUAUGAUGCCCCCUCGUGUAAGUGGAAGCCAUUGGGGAAACGUUUGCCCUCUCGCUGUCUGGAAUGCUCAGAAAUUUGCAUCGUCCUUUAUCUUCUGCAAGGCUGGACUUUUUGACCAGAUCCCAUGAUGUCUGGAUUUCUGUCUGUUUCUCAUGCUCUUUCUUUCUCUCUCUCUCUCUCUCU